UUCAACAUAGGAGAUUACUGAUCAUUUUGUAAAAAAUCCAUCGUUGUGUGAUAAUAAGUGAGAUAUAUACACCUAGUAAUACAAUGACCAUUGAUAUAUCUUUACAUACACUUACAUCUUUACCUAAACUAACAAAUCAAAAGUAGAUAACCAAAUGUGCUAGAAAACGAUCACAUUUGGUUAUAGAUUGUCUUUUCAACAUUUUUCUUUUCUUUUGAACACAUCUUUGGUUAUGUCUGAUUACUUUAGUGUUUCAGAUCGAAGUAUAUAGUAUGUGCCUCAUUGUGACAACUGAAAAUGUGGUGGAUGACCAGUAAAGUUAGUUAUUUCUCAGGCGGAGAGAAAAAAAGUGGCAAUGGUCAAUAUGUUUCUACUAAAAUUGUAAAACACAUGUACUUAUCAUAUGAUUGCAUACAUAUUGCAAGGCGAGCGAAUUCACAUGCAAUGUGAUGAUGGUAGCUUAGCAUCUACAUAUCUUUUGCCAUGUAUUUUACUCGGGAUCUGAUUCUCCUAACUUUACAUUACUUUAGUAUGUUAUAUAGUGGUGGUCCAAACAAAAUUUUGAUCUUGUGAUGAUCACAUUUUGAGUAAAAGCGUGACUUAUUAGUCCUUUUCUAUAUCUUAUUGAACGCUCAAUGUGGAGGACUGCUUUGUCUCUGUAAGUGGAUAGCCACGAGAAAGCUACACUCUCUGCAAUAUAAAAGUUUUGCUAGUUUGAUCUUCCAUAAACUGUUAAUUUUUUUCUAAAAAAACACUCUAUUGUGAUUUGCAUAUUUUAAAUGGUGCAGCAUAACCAAAAUGUGUUAAUCAAUUAAAAAAUUCUCCAAUAGUUUUUUUGAAACUGAAAAUUCUCCAAUAUUGAAAAAAAAAAUGUGAAAGUAAAUUCAGUUUAUGUUAAAAAGGUAAAAACUAUGAAGUUUAAUAAUGAAAAUAAAAGAGUGUAAUUAUUAUAAAAUUAUAGGAACUUUCUUCUGUAGCAUUGGUCCCUCUCUGGCCUCACGAUUACCGUUUACAGUAUAGAGACGUUGAGAAGCCAUUAGAAAGUUGCCAGCUUCUCCAUUCCACUUUCUCUCCACCACUUUCACCUGAACCUCACGUCACGUUCUCUCUCUAAAACUCCAUAAAUCCCAAACCUUUCUUACUCUCUCUCUCUCUCUCUCUCUCUCUCUCUAUCACAAGCUCUGAGCCUUUUUCAUUCUCUUCAUGGGAAACCUCUGUUCUCUGUUUGCUCCGCCGAAGCCCGUGAAGAAGAGACGACCCAUCAAGAAGCGGCAACCAUCUUUAUCCGGGUCGGGUUCUGGUCCUAAUACCAACCGGUUGAACCGGUUCAGGUCAUCGUCCUCUAACAAGUUCGAUGAUGCCGUGACUCAGGAGCAAGCUCUUGCCGCUGCUGCCAUUUUGUCCAGGCAGCAGAAAAGCGGCGGAUCGCUGCCGUUUGAACGGUCCGCGUCGCAACGUCAUCCCGUUUCUGGCUCGAAGAAGAAUCAGUUGCCUCGGAGCUCCAGCACUAGGUCAAGAUCCUCCACGGAUCCUCUGUUGCAGCCUCAUCAGUUCCUUAACCAGGGUGUUAAGCUAGAUGACUUGGAAACAAACCAUUUUAUCCUCAUCCAUGGAGGAGGUUUUGGUGCUUGGUGUUGGUACAAAACCAUUGCACUCCUGGAGGAAGAUGGUUUCAAAGUUACAGCCAUAGACUUAGCUGGUUGUGGUAUCAACUCGUUCAAUAUAAAUGGCAUCGCCAGUUUGUCACAAUACGUGAAGCCACUUACUGACAUUCUUGAAAAGCUUCCCAUAGGAGAGAAGGUGAUCUUGGUUGGUCAUGAUUUUGGUGGAGCAUGUAUAUCAUAUGCUAUGGAACUGUUUCCUUCCAAGAUUUCAAAAGCUGUUUUCCUCGCUGCAGCAAUGUUAACAAAUGGACAAAGUACACUUGAUAUGUUCUCGCUGCAGGCAGGUCCGAACGAUCUAAUGCGAAAAGCUCAGAUUUUUAUCUACACAAAUGGUAAUGAACACCCUCCAACGGCCAUUGACUUAGACAAAUCUCUUAUCAGAGACCUUUUGUUUAAUCAAAGCCCAUCAAAGGAUAUUGCAUUGGCUUCUGUAUCAAUGAAGUCAAUACCAUUCGCUCCGGUUCUCGAGAAACUCUCUCUCUCAGAUGGUAACUACGGUUCAGUGAGACGGUACUACAUAGAGACGUUAGAGGAUAAUGCUAUACCAGUGACUCUCCAAGAAAACAUGAUUAAUAGUAGUCCACCUGAAAAAGUUUACCGGUUAAAAGGUGCUGACCAUGCUCCUUUCUUCUCCAAGCCACAAGCUUUGCAUAAACUUUUGCUAGAGAUCGCCAGGAAUAUUAGACCUACUUAACCUCUCCUCUCUUGCAGGGUGUCUUCAUCAUUAUAUUCACUAACUGGUGUUUUAAAGUGGCUCACCAUAAGAUUUCUCUUCAUUUGUAUUUUGUUGUUCUUUGUUUUAUUUGUGUUUCUUUUCUUGUCUGUUUAAGGUUUAUCUAUUGGACCUUUUCUUCUUCUUGUUUUGUUUUUACGUGAAAUAAAAAUGUUUACAGAAAUUGUGUAGUGAAUUGUGAUUAUCCAUUUUAGACA